AUGCUCUCCAACACUAGCUCCGACUUCGAGUUGACUGUUCGCCAACAACCGAAGCAGGCGCGGGUCGCCGGGGGCAAGGAAAAAGAGCGCAAGCCCGUUGACCCACCGCCUAUCAUUCAGCUCAAAGUUCGCGAAGAGAACACUUAUCUUGCCCAACAUUAUCUCCAAAGUCCCUACUAUUUCAUGUGUUGCAGUUUAUACCAUGCCACCGAAGAUCAUCCAGUUCACUACAACCAGCCGUCUACGGCCAUGGCGGGCACCCUCGUAUCUUCUCUACAUCGCUUGAAGGAUACAGACAAUACCGAUGGGGGAUUCUUCGUGUUUGGGGACUUGUCCAUCAAGGUCGAAGGUACUUAUCGGCUACAAUUUACCUUAUUUGAAAUGCAAAAGGACAAUGUUGUCGCUCUCAAGUCAAUUCUUUCCGACCCUUUCUCAGUGAUGCUUCCGAAGAGUUUUCCUGGGAUGCAUGAGUCCACGCAUCUCUCACGGUCAUUUGCUGAUCAAGGGGUGAAAUUGAGAAUUCGAAAAGAGGCUCGGAAUGUGAUGAAACGAGGAGGAGCUCGACCUGAAGAGUAUGCCCCAAGCUUGCCACGUUCUCCUGAACGCACGACUAUGCCACAGAUGGUUCCCAGUGCGUUUGCUGGCUACCCCCAACCAGGUUAUUAUACUCCGGUGCAGCCUUCCAAAAGGGCUCGUACCUCGGUGGAUAUGGAUUCGAGAGCAGUUUACGAACCCGACGCCCGCUUCACGCAUGGCUAUCAGCAGUCCAUAUAUCCCCCCCAGACGGGAGCUUAUCAGAAUCCAAUGGGAUUUGGUUAUUCUACAGGGCAGACUGCGAUGCCAGAAUAUGGAAUUCGGCAGCCACAAGCCAUGGCGACUGCGGGCUCUUCAUACGGAACAUCGGAGGAUCCCAUGCUGGCAAUGAGAUCCCCAAGUGCGGCUGGCUACAUAAACCCGCAGCGGUAUCCGCCUUAUACCAACGCACAGCUUUCGUAUGGCCUUCCUUCUCAGCAAAUGCCCCAGCUUCCGGAUUCUCAACGAAACCCGCAGGCAAAUUUACAACCUCUAGUCACAGGCCAGUCUGUGAAUCAGCAAACCACUGGGUCAGUUUCUACGGCUUCGGCGAUGCCAGAUGUCUAUCAGCGCUCACAGUUCGAAACCAGUCCGACAGUGUUACCUCCUAUCCACCGAAACCACCAUUCUCCUAACCAAAUAGCAGGCGACAACGUUUCAGACCGAUUUUACACCUCACCUGAUCAACUUGUCCCUCCUAUACUUAACUCGCAUACCCUCAACACAGUGGACAUGGAUCGUCCUGGGUCUAGUACAACGGCGUUCGAUCUUUCUGGCUCAUCUCACGACAUCCGGCGGUAA